AUGGAGAUGCGAAUUGAGGAGAAACGGUGGUCUGCGCGAAACGGUGGAGAAGCGGUCGAAAUAAACUCGCCGGUGGAGAAACCCAAGUCGCCGGAGAUAAACUCGCUGGGGGAGAAGCGAAGACCCCAAGUCGCCGGAAAGUGUGAGAGAUGGUGUUAUAGGGCUCCGGCUAUCAUCCUGCAAACAAAGCUCGAGAGUGUCCCCUCAUCGCAGAUCUAUGAGCCUGAGUCUCUUCGAGCUGGAUAUGCAAUCUUUGCAUCCAGAAUCAUAGUGGGGUUUGCAAACCUUGUUUGCGGGCUGUGUGUGGGUAUCAUAGGAAGCAGUUGCGCACUAUCUGAUGCUCAAAACUCGUCACUGUUUGUGAAGGUUCUUGUGAUUGAGAUUUUCGGCAGUGCACUUGGGUUGUUUAGCGUGAUUAUUGGCAUCAUCAUGUCUGCUCAAGCAACUUGGCCAUCAACGGCUGCAUAA